CCUCGCCCCUAUCGUGACCUCGGCGUGGUUGACGCACAGUUGGAGAAAACUGAGGGAGCACCCUUCUGCCGCAGCAGGUUCCUCAAGGUGCACAACGAAAAUGUACCUGGCAGCCAGUGGUCUGGAGCGGUCCAGAUGUCUGGAAGUGCCGCGCAGGCGUCGAGCAGCCACGUAGCAAAGAGUGCUCCGGUUAGUGCAUCCCACGCGCGGUUGAGCUCUGCUUUGAGGAAGGUGGCACAGCUGGAAAGCAAAAUCAUGAAUCGAAAAAAGCAGAUGGAAUUGCAAAACACUGACGUGAGCCAGAAGCUUUUGGAUGAAGAGUUGUCAUCUGCUUCCAGUCAUGAACACAGUGCAAGAGGCAAGAGAUAUCUGAAGAGUCACGCUGCUGCCAGCGGAAGCAGGACCCUCGGUAAUGCCGGCUCUAAGGAAGAGGAAAGCAUCCGAGGCCCCAAACCCAAUGUUACAGUUAAAGAGCAGCUUGGUUUGGAUAGUGAUGAAGAGGAAAUGAGAGAACUGAUGGGAAGUUCUUUGGAGUUUUCCAGUGGAAAUAAGAAUCGGAAGGUUGUUGUAAGUGAUUCUAAAAGGGGUGGAAAGAGUAAGACUCCAGGAACACAGUCUUCAUUUCAUAAGGAAAUUUCACCAACAGGGGUGCCCAAAACAUCUUUUUGUAGCAAAGACUCAGAGAAAAAUGUUUUUGGCAGAGUUAACUCACCAACACCUUCACCAGCCAGCAGAAACCCGUCAGUAGGACAUAAUACAAGAUCUCAAUCGCUGUCUUCUUCUGUGAGAGACAACACUAUGAAGAUCACUCUGCCUAGAACAGGCAACACCAAGCAAAGCCAAGCAUCACUUGCAAGUGACAGAAGUGAAAUAAAAUCAUUAGAUGAGUUGUUUUCAAAAGCAUCUGAUGCAGAAGAUUCAAUCAGCAGCAGCUCACAUGACUUCAGACUGAAUAUCCUGAGCCUUGAUGAUUUGGCACCAGAUAUCACCAGUGAGGCAGAAUUAAAGCAGAAAGAGACGGAUAUUCAAAUUACCCAAGAUUCGAACAGAAAUCCAAAAAAAGAUGCAUUCCUGGUGGAAAAAGACCCACCUUCUCAUAAAAUGACAAGCGCAGUAACUGGUGUGAAUGAUGUUUCUGAAGGGGAUAUUGAAAAACCUGUGACUGAAGGUGAAAUCUCAGAGCAUUUAAGUGGAGUUUCUGCAGAUUUCCCUCAAGGCAAACAGGAUUAUCUGGAUCAUGAUGACAAAACUCUCAAUUCAGAAUACUCUGAAGACUUUGAAAGGUCUUCAUCUACAACAGACAGGGAAUCUGCAUCAAAAACCUCAGAAGAACGUUCUGAGAGCUGCACAUAUUCUAGAAAACACUCAUUUGCCUCAUCACCACCUUUGUUUACCAGAGGGCGGCGUGAGCGGGGACACAGAGUAACUGUCAAAGAAACCGCGGUUCAGACAGCGGAUCCUCCCUGGGCAACGACAAACGCCUCCGCAGUGCUUGACCCACCUGUAGGGAACAGUUACGUCGAUCCCGUGCCUAUCGCCAGUCAUGUCGUCAGCACGGAUGCAGUAGAAGCCCUGACAGCGUACAGCCCCUCGGUUCUUGUUUUGAACUCCAUGCUCAAACAGCAUUUGCUGCUGACUCAGCAGUUCGUAGAGAACAUUCACCACCUUCACCUCUCCCUUGUGGCGUCACUGGAGAAGGAGAAGUUCCACUACCACACCCUGGAAGAGGCUAAAGAGUACAUCAAGAAUCACAAAUCCCCACCUCUAACACUUGAGCAAGCACGUGAAGAAAUUCGGAAAGCACAGGAGGAAAAACUGCUUUGA